ACACUUUCAGCGCGCUUCUCCACCUUGGUACACGUUAUAGCAAUUCCUACUUUGUAUCGCACAAGAGCGAAGACUCAGAAGCGACGUGGCAAAAGUCCGAGAGAAAUUUGCUAUGGCAGAGACAGCGGCAGCACCCGCGGCGAAGCCCAAGAAGGCGAAAUCCCCCAAGAAGGUCACCUCUCACCCCAAAUACUCCGACAUGAUUAAAGCGGCGAUCGUUGCUGACAAGAGCCGCGGAGGGGCGUCCCGGCAGUCCAUUCAGAAGUACAUCAAAAGUCACUACAAGGUGGGUGAAAAUGCCGACUCCCAAAUCAAACUGGCUUUGAAGAGGCUGGAGGCCAGCGGGCUCUUGCGUCACACCAAGGGCAUCGGAGCGUCCGGCUCCUUCAAACUGGCCAAGGCAGAGGACCUGAAGAAGCCAGUGAAGCCCAAAGCAGCCGUCAAAGCCAAGAAACCAGUCAAAGCUGUCCCCAAGCCCAAGAAGGCUCCGAAACCCAAGAAAGUGGCAAAAUCCCCCGCCAAGGCAAAGAAGAGCAAACCGGCGGAGAAGAAAGUGAAGAAGGCCGCCGAGAAGAAGAAGUCUCCGGUAAAGGCAAAGAAAGUGGCCAAGAAGGCGAAGGUGGCGAAGCCAGCCAAGCCAAAUAAAGCCAAGAAGGUGAAAACGGCAAAGCCCAAACCGAAGACAGCGGCCAAGAAAGCAGCUAAGAAGAAAUGAAGGGACUUAAAACUUCAUCCCAAACUCUGAGACUGACUAAUCAGAAACAAUUAGAGCGCACUGUAAAUAGACUUUUUUUGGAGGAAAAAAAAAGUGUUUUGGUAUAUUAUUAUUUUUGUAUGGUAUUUGUUCUGACUUCAACCCAACCUUUUUUACAGCCACUUUGCACUACUGUGAUAUGAUGUAAGAUCCUACUAAAUAAACAAGGGUCUUAAAUUAUUGCAGUUAUGUGGCUAAACAAUUCUUAUUUAUUUUUGUGCUCGGAACGGUUGGUUUAGUGGUUUGAACGACCUUUAAUAAUAUCUGGACAACAAUAUGGAACAGCAUCAUUUUGGUAGGACUGUGAAUUAAGAUAAAGGUGUAUAUGGUCGGACAUUCUGAACGGUGAGCAUCGACUUUGUGCUGUAUAUUGUAAACUACAGCCCCUGUUCCCAGAGGGGCCGAGGAACGAUGCAGCCUUGAUUACAGUCUCAACCCAAAUUAUUAUGUUUCAUGCUUAUGUCAGGUUGUUGUAAACUAGCUACAUUAGCCUACGUGUAAUAACUCGUUCGAACACCUUUAUAUUGUACAACAAUAAACUUUUUCUCAUCUUCUAAA